CUGAGAGAAUUGGUGAAAACUGUGUGAAGGUAUGAACAGAAUAGAUGGACCAAAAGAGAAGAAAGGGUACUGGGGGAAUAAAGCAGAGUUUCUUCUGGCUGUGGCAGGGAAUGUGAUUGGUCUGGGUAACGUGUGGAGGUUUCCUUACCUUUGCUAUAAGAAUGGAGGAGGGGCAUUCUUGUUACCUUACCUAAUGUUUGUGGUUAUCUGUGGAGUGCCUAUGUUCCUGCUAGAGACAGCGAUGGGACAGUACACACGUGAAGGUGCCAUUACAUGUUGGCAACGUCUCUGUCCUCUGGCUGGGGACGCAGAGUGCUGUCAAGCUCUGGUGGUAUUGAGGAGAUGGGGAAGAUCAAGUGGGAGAUUCUUCUGUGUCUCAUUGUAAUGUGGAUCAUAUGUUAUUUCUGUAUCUGGAAAGGAGUCAAAUCUACAGGCAAGGUGUGCAAAAAUGUCACUUGAGACAAUGUUGUCUAUACCCUGUUUACAUUUGUGACAAAAAAAAAAAGAAAAGAAAAAGAAAACAAGAAUCCACAGCUUUUCCUUGAGUCCUUGAUUGUUUAACCUCUUCUUAAAUGACUGCUUUUUACAUACCAUAAAUCAUGAA